AUGGCAGAACAAGAUCUACUAAUAGCAAAUCAGAACAAUCAGAAUGGUCAACUACAGGCUAUAAGGGACUACAUCAGACUAGUUGUCAACGAAAAUUACUCCGAUAUUGCACGCCCAGCUAUUGCUUCUAACAAAUUUGAACUAAAGCCAGGACUUGUACACAUGGUGCAGCAGAAUCAGUUUGGGGGAGCUCCAACAAAAGACCCAAAUGCUCAUCUGGGAUCCUUUCUGGAGAUCUGUGAUACAGUGAAAAUGAAUCGCGUUACUGAAAAUGCAAUCCAACUCCGUCUAUUUUCCUUUUGCCUAAGAGACAAAGCCAAAGCAUGUUUCCAAUCAUUACCGUAUGGAUCCAUCACAACUUUUGAGGGGUUAGCACAGAAGUUUUUUACAAAAUUCUUUCCACCUUCGAAGGCAGCGCAAUUGCGGGAUUGGUUGCAGAUACAAACCUUCUACAAUGGUUUGAAUGGUCAGACACAGAUAGUGGUAGAUUUUACAGCAGGGGGUGCAUUAUUAUCCAAGACUCCAGAUGAGGUUUAUGCAUUAUUGGACGAGAUAGCUACUAAUAGCUAUCAAUGGCCGAGUGAGCGUUUAAGUGUAGAGAAAGUUGCUGGUCUUUACGAGGUGGAUCCCAUUACCGCCCUCACAGCUCAAAUGUCAUCUCUUACUAAUCAUAUAGCUACAUUGACUUCACGUGGAUCACAAAAGAAGUCAAAAUCUGUUCUGGCUACAUCCACUACAUACCAAAAAGCUGAAAAGGAGAAUGAACAACUUCAAUCGAGGUUCAACAAAGAUGAGGUAAGACUUGACAACAUUGAGACUCAUAUAAGCAACUUGAGGGCCACAGUGAAGAAUUUGGAGGUACAGAUUGAGGUCAACCCAAGGGAACACUACAAUGCCAUCAUCUUAAGGAAUGGUAAAGUAGUUGAAGAAUGCAAGCUUGGAGAGGUUGUGGUGCCUAAAUCGGAUCUCAUACUUGCAGGAGAAAAGCAGACUGUAGAGCAGAAAACUAAGGCAGAGACAAAAAAGAAGAUGUAUAAGCCUUACUCAAUUUCAUUUCCGGACAACCCACUUAUCUUGAAGCCACCACUACCAUUCCCGCAGAGGUAUUUGAAGAAAGAAUUUGAUGAGAAAUUCGCAAAGCUUCUAGAGGUCUUCAAGAAAAUUCACAUCAACAUUCUCUUUGUAGAAGCCUUGGCCCAAAUGCCUAACUAUGCCAAGUUCUUAAAGGAAGUGAUAUCAAAGAAGAGAAAGUUGGGGGAGUUCGAGAGUGUUAAGCUGACAGAGGAAUGUAGUACCAUACUUCAGAAGAAACUCCCUCAUAAAUUGAAAGAUCCAGGCAGUUUCAACAUCCCGUGCAAUAUUGGUGGUAUCACGUUUGAUAUGGCACUGUGUGACCUUGGAGCUAGCAUAAACUUGAUGCCCCUAUCAGUGUUCAAAAAGCUGGGUUUUGGAGAAGUGAAACCCACAACCCUUACCUUGCAAUUGAGGGACAGAUCGAUCACAUAUCCCAAGGGCAUUAUUGAAGAUGUGUUGGUGAAGGUUGAUAAGUUCAUCUUUCCGGUGGACUUUGUGGUAUUGGACAUGGAGGAAGAUGAAAAAGUAUUGUUGAUUCUUGGUCAACCUUUCCUGACUAUUGGAAGAGCACUGAUUGAUGUACAAGAAGGGAAGCUGACACUACGGGUUAAUUAA